AUGACAAUCAUUACCCGACAGACUGGACGCCGGUUUGCGUGCGCCACGUGUGCCCCCGCCAGCCAAUGCAAACAGGGGCCUUACAGAGAUCCCCGCCCCUCGCCCUCCCCCCAGAUCUACGUCACGCACAACGUCCAGUGCUCGCACGUAGCCAUGGAAAGCAACCAGUCAGCCGCGCGACAAGCCAAGCGCUUCCUCGAUGAGCGCGUCCGCACUGAUUGGGCGUUCCCCGACUCGCCAGCCCCAUGGUCUGCCUCUGACGAAGAGGUACGCGAUGCCCAGAGCUUCCGCGAGCGAUACUAUGGGGAGAGCGACUCCUCGAGUGAAUCCCACGCAGGGGACGAAGGCGACGGACCGUACAAGUUUGACAAUCCCGAUAGCAUUGGCGAUGCCAUAGCCCACACACGGGAGACUCGUGUGGGCCGACGACGGGCGCGACUGGAACAGGAGAUGGAAGAAAACGAAGGCUUGCGUAUCUGGGUCCACCGCCGGGACCUUUGGACCGGUGCUGCGAGUGUCCGCAAGUACGGCAUCCGCAAGCCUCCGCAUAGGGCCUCCCCAACAGCUGGUGACUUACGCGAGGUACAUGCCACGCCCACGAGACUGGAAUCGCAGUCGACGAGUAGCUCAGCGCCUGAGCCGAUUGACAUGGUGCCUAUUGCUCCCCGGCUGCUUGAGUCUAAUCCCAUCCGUGCCUCAAUCACACCCCGAGCCUACUCAGAUAUUUUCCAGAAGAUUGUCGUCUCAGCACGAACGCCCUCGGUUCCUAUCAAUCUUGCCGACAUGACGCAGGCACUGGUUCAUGGCUGGAAGGAGACAGAUGAGUGGCCGCCGCGCGUCGGGACGCCGGACCCCCUUGCGGGUAAGAAACGCGGCAUCACUGGCGCAGCCCUCAAUCCAUACCACGGGUGCUUCAAUGGGCGUCAUCCCCAUCUCGAAAAGAGCGUCGAUAGUCUCAAGCGGAUCCUACAUCUGAAUAGCCAUCAUAAUGUUGAUACACCAGACGGCGGCAAGGAAGAGGCUGCCAACAUGUAUCCCGUGUACGAGGCCAAGACGAGUAUUGUUACGGGCGUGCAAAGAAUGCCCCCUUGUGCCUACGUGGUUUUAUCUAGUCUUCUCUUAUAUUUACAUUGUCAGGACGCAGGGCUCCGCCGGCCCUGGAGGCCCAAGCUAGACAGAUGA